AUGUCACGCGUGAAGAGAAUCGCUAAGGAAUUGGACGAGUGUCGUCAGGAUACCCAGUCGGGAGUUACUCUUAAGCUUAACAAUGAUAAUGAUUUGACUAAACUCACAGGUUAUUUCCGUGGACCACCAGGCACACCAUACGAGGGCGGAAUCUUUCAAGUCGCGAUUGAUAUCCCCAACGAAUACCCAUUCAAGCCGCCUAUUAUGAAAUUCUCCACCAAAGUUUACCACCCAAAUAUCUCGUCAGUUACUGGUGCUAUAUGUCUCAAUAUCUUGAAGGAUAAGUGGACACCAGUGCUCACGUUGAAAUCGACUUUGAUCUCGUUGCAAUUACUCUUACAACUGCCUGAGCCUAAUGACCCGCAAGACGCUGAAGUGGCAAAGCAUUACUUGAGCAAUAAGAAAGGGUUUGAGGAGACUGCUGCAUACUGGACUACAUUAUAUGCAAAAGAUGGAGGAGCUGGCGAAGAGAGUGGUCUCGGUAAUGGUGCUGCUGGAACUAGAGGCGGAGCCAGUGAUGCAGCGUUGUACGGUAUUGAUGAAGAGAUUGUGGCACAGUUUGAAAAUAUGGGAUUUCCUAGAGAUAAGACUAUUGAAGUGUUGAGACGUAUGGGAGUAAAGACUUUCAAGAAUGUUAACAACAAGAGUGAGUUGGAGAACAAGAUUUUGGAAGAAUUGUUGAGGGAAUGUCAAUAA